GGAGGAACUUUUGAGUUCCGCCUCUCAGUUUCCGACCGGAGCACAACACAGGGGACAGAAAAUGGCGACCUCCCUCCUGCGGUUAGGGCGACUGGGUUCCCUCAAGUGUCUCCAGUCGGAGAGCUGGGGCGUCCUGAGGGCUCGCUCCGCCGCCUCGUUCUCCACUGAGGCUGAAAAACCCGCCAAAAAGACGAAGGCUGCGAGCAAGACAGCAGAGGCUCCAGAUGAGAGAGCAGCCUUGUUAGCCUACAAGACCGCAGUUGCCUUCCCACUAAAACUUUCAGAACCCGGAGUUUUCCCAACAGAGUCUGUAGGUGUAACCGAACCGGCGGCAGAAACAAUCGUAGCUGCGGCAGCUACGGUGCCUGUCGCUGCUGCCGGAGAACCAGCUGCAGCUGAGCCGGUCGCCGCUGCCGCAGAGGCUCCAGCUCCUGACGCAGCUCCGCCUGUAGUCGACGCAGCUCCUCCUGUAGUCGACGCAGCUCCACCUGUAGUCGACGCAGCUCCACCUGUAGUCGACGCAGCUCCACCUGUAGUCGACGCAGCUCCACCUGUAGUCGACGCAGCUCCACCUGUAGUCGACGCAGCUCCCCCGGCUGCCGAACCCCUGGUUGAUGAAAGCAGUAAAACCUCAACACCAGACGCCGCCCCGGUUGUAGCCUCCGCCACAGACGAUGUAGUCCCCACCGCCGCUGCCUCCUCUGAUCCCGGUGAUCCAGCAGCUGACGGAUCUUCCUCCUCGUCAUCCAGCGACUCGGACUCGGACUCGGACUCAGACUCAGACUCGGACGAUGAGAAAUCAGAAGCGAAGACUGAAACCAAGACCUCCCCACCACCUGUAGAGGUGUCAGAAGUCCAGGACGUCGCAUCAGAAGUGAAGGAAGACGUUAAAGAAGCUACGACUGAAGUUCCCCCAGAACCCGAAGCUACUCUCGCCUCUGUAGCUGAGUCUGUACAGGAGGCAGCUCCAGCUCCAGCAGCUCCAGCAGCAGCACCCACAGAGGCAGCACCCAGUGUUAGCUCUGAGGAGUUAGUGGACUCUGCUCCUGACAUCUGCACCGCCACCGAAGACGCUCUAGAGGGCGCUGUGACCAGCCCAGAAGUUGCAGCUGAAGCAGAGAAACCCACUUCUGAAGAAAUAGAAGACGUUGCACCUCCUGCUGUCCCUGAUGCCCACGUAGAAACUCCAGAGGAAGUUGUGACCGAAGCUGCAACUCCAGAAAAAGCCCAAACUGACGCUUCUGCAGAAGUUGCUGAAGCCCCCGUAGAAACUCUGGAAGCUGAUGAAGCUGCCCCUGUUGAAGCCCCUGUUGAAGCCCCUGUUGAAGCCCCCGUAGAAGCUGCCGAAGCCCCCGUAGAAGCUGCCGAAGCCCCCGUAGAAGCUGCCGAAGCCCCCGUAGAAGCUGCUGAAGCGCCCGUAGAAGCUGCAGCGGCUGCCGAGGCUGAAGCCUCAGUCCCUGUGGAGAGCGGCGAGGAGCUGGUGGAUCCCGCUCCGGUCAUAGCCGAAGCAGCAGGAGAGGAGCUGCAGGCGGACGCUCCUGUUGAACCGUCUGAGGAGGCGGCGGCGGCGGCGGCAGCGGCUGCAGCGGCGGCGGCAGCGGCGCCUCCGGAGCCCGAGGAGCCCUUCGAUAACAGCACUUAUAAAAACAACCAGCACCACAGCUACAACCCCUUCACAUUCGCAGACCUGGACGUAGAGAUGGCCAAGUUUCGUCUCCCUCAGCCCUCCUCCAUCAAACCCUAAGAGGACCCUGGCAGCCCCCCCCCCACUUCGGCUGCAAACCUUUAUUAUUGUCUAAAGAUGAUGUGGCUCUGUACGUAGGAUCAUCCUGCAUGAAAUUCCACUGUUGAAAUGUUCUAUUAUUAAAGUCCACACAUGAGAGCUGCAGUCUGUGUGAUGCUGUUGUGUCUCGUGUGGAAGAAGCAGGCGUAUAUAAAAGGAUCGGAGGAGAUCAAACGCUU